GACACAACUAUAGUACCCCACACACCUACAACCAGGGAAUUAGAUAUGCUUCCUUUGUAUCUAUCCUACAUUACUCUAUUCAUCUCUAUCACCGUAACCGUAGCUAAUGCAGCAGCAGGCAAGAGCAUUUUCCUCUUGGCCGGCCAGAGCAACAUGUCGGGAAGAGGUGGUGUCGUGAACAACACAUGGGACAACUACAUCCCACCUGAAUCAUACCCCAACCUCGCCAUCCUACGUCUCAGUGCUGACCUAAACUGGCAACUGGCCACUGAGCCUCUACACCGAGAUAUUGACAGUAAAAAUAUAUGUGGGAUUGGGCCUGGAAUGGCAUUUGCGAGUUCUUUGUUACAAAAGGAUUCGACCAUUGGGGUGGUUGGUUUGGUUCCUUGUGCUGUUGGAGGGACUAAUAUUAGUGAAUGGGCUCGUGGUGGGGUGCUCUACAAGCAGUUGUUAAGGCGGGCUGAGGCAGCCUUAGAGGGUGGAGGUACCAUUCGCGGGUUGUUGUGGUAUCAAGGGGAGAGUGAUACUGUUACCCGAGAAGAUGCCGAAUCGUAUAAAACUAGGCUGCAGAGUUUCUUUCUUCAUCUGCGUGCUGAUCUCCUUUUGCCUGUGCUACCCAUUAUCCAGGUAGCACUAGCAUCUGGAGAAGGACCAUACAUAGAGAUGGUGAGAGAAUCCCAAUUGGGAAUGGAUCUAGUGAACUUACGGACCAUUGAUGCCAAGGGUCUGGUCCUUGAAACAGAUGGGUUGCACCUGACCACACCAUCUCAGGUCUCUCUAGGGAAAAUGCUAGCCAAUGGCUUCCUUCAGACCCAACCUUCUUCCAUCGUGAGUACCGCUUCGAUAACAUCUCAAAACUCUCUGAUGAAUUUGUUGGCUGGAUUUUUAGGCUUUGCACAUAUAUCAUUGUUACUGAUUUGUAAUUGAGAGAUUUAUGAUACCUCCCCAUUUGUUAAAUAUUUAAUUGUAAAUAUUUUGCAAGGAAUUUAUACUUACAC